UCUGAUCACCAUGGCAGCAAACAUCAUAGUCCACCAACAGGUGGCAGCACCUGCUAUGAAGGCCUGGAACACUGGCCUUUUUGACUGCUGUCAAGACAUGAAUUCCUGUUGUUAUGGUUUCUGGUGCUGUCCUUGCUUAGCCUGCUCCACCACGGGAGAGUUUGGAGAGAGUACCUGUCUGCCAUUAGUGGACAUCAUUGGCCCUGCUUGCAUGGUUGCCUUUGGGGUGCCUAUCAUUGUGCCACCCGCAAGUCUGUCCAUGCGGGUUGCUGUACGCCACAAAUAUGGCAUUCAGCAAAGCCUUUGUGAGGAUAUCAUGGCGUCCUGCUUCUGUGUCUGGUGCUCAUGGUGUCAGAUGGCCAGGGAGAUCAAAGACCACAAGAAGAGCUGCACUUUCACAACCAUCCAGCCUGUGGCCAUCCAAGUGCAGCCUCCAACCAUUACCAACUCAAACGUGUCCUACACAACCAAUCAACAGAGCUACACCAUGACCAGCCCACAGUCCCCCAACCAACAGGGCUACAUCAUGACCAACCCACAGGGCUACACCAUGACCAGCCCACAGUCCCCCAACCCACAGGGCUACAUCAUGACCAAUCCACAGGGCUACAUCAUGACCAGCCCACAGUCCCCAAACCAACAGGGCUACAUCAUGACCAGCCCAUCUGACCAACAUGCCAUGGCAGGCCCUUCUCAAAUGAUGUCUUCUGCUCCUAAUGCCUAUAACCCUGCUUUCAUGAUGCCCCCUGAUAUGUCUAACCAUAUGGUGAACACCACGGUCUCCACCCAACCAUCCAAAUGCUGAGCUCUGCUGCUUCAUCUAAUCACUUUCUGACAUUGCUGUAAUGUUCAGUCAGUGAAUUCAUUUGAUUUAUGAAAAUGUGUUUUUUUAUAUGGUUAAUAGUCUGAGGUCUAUUUGAUGGUAAAUGGCCUCUGCUCAUU